CACCCCCACCACCGUCGGUGCUUCCCGGUCUCGCCGCCAUGCCGUUCCUCAACCUCCAGGAGAGAUUGGGCAUCGACGCUGACAAGUGGAUGCUGGUCCAGAGCGGGGCUCAGCCCUACAAGCGGGCGUCGCGCUGCCACGUCUUCGAGAAGGAUUGGAUCGAGUGCUCCCACGGAAUCGGCCAAACCAGAGCGAGGAGGGAGUGCAAACUGGAGUACGAAGACUUCUACGAGUGCAUGCACAUGCAGAAAUUGGGUAAGAGGUUGAUGGACAUCAGAAAGCAAAAGGAAAAACUGGUAAAGGAAGGCAAGUACACUCCACCAGAGCUUCGCAGCAGCAAAGAAGAGCAGCAGUCGUAGAGACAACAUCUGCCUCAACACGCGGUCUGCAAAACCAGCCCAUCAGCCGUUUCUAUUAAAGACUGGAAUGAGACAUUUAGUUUGUAUUGAUUCUACAGUUGUAGCCUUGCAAGCAGUAAGACUGAGCUGGUUUGGGAGAUGACUCCUUACGGGCCAGAAGUUUCUGCAAUUCAGUCUUUAAGAAAAUUAAAUGUAUCUAUGACACCA